AUGGAUACAGCGAUAGACCUGUCGGAUGCCUCGAAGGCUUUGGAUUUGGCCAAUAUACGCUUUCAAUUAAUCCGACUCGAGGAUACCAUCACAUUUCACCUGAUCGAGCGAGUUCAGUUUCCCCUCAACGCAACCAUUUACGAUGCUGUCGCGCUCCCCAUACCUUCCAGCAAUCUAGCUCUGCCUGCGCAGAUCUCUCUCUGUGACUAUCUCCUCUCCGAAACUGAACGUCUACACUCUACUAUUCGCCGAUAUGAUGCUCCGGACGAAUAUCCCUUCUUUCCCCAAGUCCUGCAACGACCUAUGCUCAAGGCUAUAGCAUACCCCAAGAUCCUCCACGAUAACGAUGUCAAUGUUAAUGACACCAUCAAAGAGAAAUAUAUCAAGGAAGUGUUACCAGAAGCUUGCCGAAAGUUCGGGCGGGAAGACCGUGGCGAGACGAAAGAGAACUAUGGCAGUGCCGCAACCUGUGAUGUCGCCUGUCUGCAAGCCUUGAGCAGGCGAAUACAUUUUGGCAAAUUCGUGGCCGAGAGCAAGUUCCAGGCGGAGACGGAGCGGUUUGUCAAGCUCAUUAAAGCCGAGGAUCGUGAGGGUAUCGAUGCUGCCAUCACCAAUGAAAAGGUCGAGCAGCAGGUCCUGGAGCGGCUGCGGUUGAAAGCUAAGACUUAUGGCAAAGAUCCUUCGGUCACGUCCAACGGUGCAGGCGCAGAGGAAAAGAUCAACGUCGAGGCUGUGGUGAAGAUUGGAAUAUCUUAUGCAGAGGCUUAA